AUGACUAUUUAUUCUUUAAAUAUAAGAGGAGGUGGUAAAUUAGUGAAGAGAAAGAGAGUAGGUUUCAACAUUCAAAGAGGAGGGGUGGACAUUGCUUUCAUUCAAGAAACUAAACUUAGAGGAGUGAAGUUCCAAACAGUCAAAGAAUUAUGGGGAGAUGCGUUGGUAGAGUGGUCUCAUUCGGAUGCGGAAGGAGCGUCAGGGGGUAUUCUAAUAAUGUGGAGAAAGGAUUUCUUUAAGGUUUUGUAUAGUUUUAAAGGAGAAGGCUUUCUAGGUCUUUGUGUGGAAAAAGAGAAUAGAAGGAUCUACUUUGUAAACUUUUAUGCUUCUUGUGAUCAUAACUCUAGGAUGAGAUCAUGGAAGAGGCUUGUGGAUAUUAAAAGAAGUAGUAGUGACGGAUCUUGGUGCAUUGGAGGCGACUUUAAUGUGAUCACUUCCUUGGAAGAAAGAGUUGGUAUUUCAAAGAAGAACUAUAGGAAGGAGAUAGAAGACUUUAAGGAGUUCAUAGAGGAAAUGGAGUUGGUGGAUCCUCCCACUAUAGGUGGGAAAUUUACUUGGAGUAAUAGUGGUGGUAGUGCUAUGAGUAGAUUGGAUAGAUUCCUUCUAUCGGAUAAUUUCAUUGUGGAUUGGAAGGUCGAAGGUCAAACAAUAGAAGAAAGAGAUGUGUUCGAUCAUGCUCCAAUUUGGAUCAAAGACAAUAAGAGAAAUUGGGGUCCUAAACCUUUUAGGUUUAAUAAUAUGUGGUUUGAUUAUCUAUAUUAUGAUCUUGAAUCAAGGAUGCAAGAGCUUUUACUUGAGAUUCCUCUAUGGGUGAAUACGCCUGAUUAUGAUCGAGUUAAUUGGUUGAACAAGUUUAUAUUGGAUAUGUGGCCUUUAUUAGAGAAGGUAUAG